CGGCGGCGAUCGGCAACGAUUUCGAGGCAUAUUAGUAUUGAGUUAGCAGGCGACGUUUUUUUAGAUGGCGGGAUACGGGGACUGCCGUGAGCAGGGCGGUAACUAUUACGACCAUGGGAGGAGUAGCUGCGAUCGGUACAGCGGCGAUCGCGACCACAGAGAGAGACAGCGCGGUUAUGGGAGCGACCGACGAGGUCCUCUUACGUGUUUCAACUACAGGGAAUCAUGGCACUAUGUUUAUCAGUGUCCGCACCCGCGUAGGAACACUUACUCCAGUAAGGGAGCAACUGGAGAUUCCCGAGAGACCAGCUCACCUGGUCGGUCUGAGCGAGCUAGGCUGACGCAACACAGUGAUGUUCUCGAGUCUAAGGUUGAAGAAAUCGGGACGAGUGUUGCUGUUGUCUGCCAGUACGUGGAGAUCGAACAGCAGAAGAAGGCUGCGAAAGAGCGACGGCGAGCCGAGAAGCUUGAAGCGGGGGAAAGAGCAGCGGCGGAGCGUGCGGAGUCAGAACUCAAGAAGGCGCACAGGGCCGAGAAAGCCCGCAAGGAGACCGAGCGGAAGGAGGAGAUUCACAAGUGUUUUGACAUCAAGAUGGCGCUACGGGUUGGCGAGUUGCGUGAUGAAGUUCGUGAUGAUAUACGAUAGGAGAUUCGAGAGGCCAUUGGCGAGAUAUGCACGGUGGUUGCUAGGGGUAAACAAAAGUCUCCUCACACG